CUUUGUGUUUUAAGGACCACUACUGUGGAAUCUGUUCUCUAGUGCUACGUGCAUUUUGGUGAUGUGCUUGCUUCAUCUAGCCUUAUUUACAUGAAGGGCUGACUGCAGUGAGUACAUGGUGUCAGUCUUAAACGUUUGCUUUCAGUACCUCCAUAGAGACAGCAGGCAUCAGCUCUAGUAUGUAUCGGAUGUGUGUGAAGAUGGACCAGGCUCAGAGAUGAACAGCACCAAGUAUCAACAGUUGGGGAGAAAAUGGAUGCAGUUAGCCAGGUCUAAGAGCAUGGUGAUGGGGGAGCUGACACGGGCCACGAGCCGUCCAUCCUCCCCUAGCCUCCAGGAGAAAGUACUGAAGGCUGGCUGGCUGAAGAAACAGCGCAGCAUCAUGAAGAACUGGCAGUUGCGUUGGUUUGUGCUGAGAACUGACCAUCUUUACUUCUACAAAGAUGAAGAGGAAACCAAGCCACAGGGCUGCAUCCCAUUACACGGCUGCCAGGUCAACGAGAUAAGUGCCAAUCCUGAUGAGCCUGGACGGCAUCUUUUUGAGAUAGUUCCAGGUGGCACAGGAGAAAAGGACCGAUCAGCUCCUAGCCAUGAUGCCUUCCUUCUUAUGGCAAACUCCCAAAAUGACAUGGAGGACUGGGUUAAAGCCAUCAGACGUGUCAUCUGGGCACCUUUUGGCGGAGGGAUCUUUGGACAGCAUCUGGAGGACACAGUACAGUAUGAGCGAAAGUUUGGGACCCGGCUGGCACCUCUACUGGUGGAGCAGUGUGUGGACUUCAUACGAGAACAAGGUUUGAAAGAGGAGGGCCUCUUCCGCAUGCCAGGACAGGCAAACUUAGUCAAAGAGCUCCAGGAUGCUUUUGACUGUGGCGACAAACCUCUGUUUGACAGUAAUACUGAUGUUCACACGGUGGCAUCUCUGCUGAAGCUGUACCUCAGGGAGCUGCCUGAACCCGUCAUCCCCUUCAACAAAUAUGAGGACUUUCUCACCUGCGCCCAGCUACUGCUCAAAGAUGAGGAAGUGGGCCUCAGUGAGCUGGCAAAGCAGGUGAACACACUUCCUCAAGCCAAUUACAACUUGCUGAAGUACAUUUGCAAAUUCUUGGAUGAAGUCCAGUCUCAUGCAAAUGAAAAUAAAAUGAGUGUUCAGAACCUUGCAACAGUAUUUGGGCCGAAUAUCCUCAGAGCAAAAAUGGAGGAUCCUGUUUCAAUGAUGGAGGGAACCUCUCAGGUGCAGCACCUCAUGACAGUACUGAUUAGUGAGCACGAGAGACUGUAUGGAGGCACGGAGGUUGAGACGAGCAAGACACCUGCUCAGGGCCAGCGCAGCAUGGCGGCUUGGGGUUCAACAGAGGAAAUACAGCACUGUCCCUCUUCUAGCCAGACCUCUAGCCUUCCUGACCACAUGUGUGACAGUGCCACAUCUCUGGAUAUAAACAUGGGUAUGCCCAAUAAUGCAAAGCAGGCACCUCAGGGAAAAGCUGGGUUGGCGGUCAGCCCAAGCAAACAGGCCAAAUCUCUCCCUUCAUGGAAAUACUCUUUUAAAAGCAGCAGUACACGGGCUCAGCUACCUAAGAUCGGAGGCUCAUCUGUGGACGUAUCGAACAGCGGCAACUGGCUGAUGAAUGGCCUGUCAUCUCUGAGAAGCCAUCGGCGCACAUCUUCAGGAGAGCGUGUGGGAAAAGACUCAGUGCUCUCUCAUCGCCUUUCUACCUACGACAACGUAACUGCAUCCAGUGUGAGUGUGCCUAGCGUGGCCAGUUCUCCCUGGUCCACUUCCUCCUGUGAGAUAUCGGUAGCGAACUCGGGGAGCAGUGAGCCUUCUGCACUGAGCUCAGACAAGGACAAGUGGGUGGAGACGAGGGUGGAAGAGAAAGACAUCAUAGAAAGUAGUGAAGCACUGGAAUUGUGUGUAAGCAGCGCUGGAUGCAGUGAGUAUGGGAAUGUGGAGGAGAAUGUGGAUGAAUCAACAGACCCUAAUGACAACUUACAAGCUCUUACCAGCCUUAUCACUGAACUGAAGGAUGAGCUGAAGAAACAAAAAAAUAAUUAUGAAGCCCGAAUACGGAAGCUGGAAGAGAACACUGCAUUGCUGACUCAGCAGGUUGACAGGUUCGAGGAGGAGUUGGACCAGGAGAGGAAGAAAUACAGAAUGUUGGAAAUUAAACUGCGGAACUCGGAGCGAGCCCGUGAGGAUGCAGAGAACCGAAACCGACUACUGCAAUGCGAGAUGGAGGAGUUUUUCUCACUUUAGGAGCUCUAACAAUGAGGAGAAGGACAAAUAAAAUGUGACACUUCACAUUAGAUGCAAUUUUAAAUCUCUUUACUCAUGUAUCAUGGGUAUUCUGAGGCAAUUCCAAGCUGUUUCAUUGCAAAUUGAUCAAAAUGUACGAAAUCAUGAGCGUCCGCCAUGAUGGUGGAUAUACAAAGCAACUGGGAUGGCAGCCGCUGAAAGCGCAUCUGUAAACAAUGCUGAAUUUUCUCAGUAUUACUGUGAUUUGAACGGUCGAGCGAAGAUUCGAUACAAAGAAAAGAUAGAUGUGUGUGGUUUUGACCUGUAUUAUUUAAAAAAGUCAGAUUUUUCUGGGGCGGCACGGUGGUGUAGUGGUUAGCGCUGUUGCCUCACAGCAAGAAGGUCCGGGUUCGAGCCCCGUGGCCGGCGAGGGCCUUUCUGUGUGGAGUUUGCAUGUU